AUGGAGUCCAUUCUUGUGCUUUUUCUGUUCUAUGUUGUGUCUACAAAUUCAAUCUCAGUAGCAGCCUCUCCCACUACCAGCAAUUCUCUCUGUCCAGUUGACAUGAAUUAUGUGCUAACAGUUCCUUGGAACACAUCUACCUGUCUUACCAAAAACAAACCACAAACAAGUCUAUGUUGUCAAACUUUGUUGUCACUUUUUGGUAUAGCACUAGCACAAAACCUCAACAAGAAUUCUCUUUUCCAACUCCCAAACCUCUCUACCUCUACCUCAUGCCUUCAAGACUUCCAAACUAAGCUCAGUCCCCUUUCACUUCACUACGACAUUGUCUCUUCAUCUGUGCUUGUAUUCAAUCUAAGCAAGAUUGGUUCAGCAGUGUUGGGACUCAAGGUUCAAGAGAAGCUGAAUCAAAUUGAUGGUAAUGGUUCACAUUCUAAAGAUUGCUUUUACUUUACUAUACUUUACAUUGCUGGAGUUGUGAAUCAGUUUGGCCCUGAAAACUUUAGUGUUAUGUCUUGCAUUCUUGAACUGCCUCUUAACUCUCAAGUGGUUUCCAGAAAAAAGAGCCAUCGUGCACUUUUUUUUGGUUUAAUUCGAGCUUCAGUUGCAUUCAUGGUUAUCAUGUUUUCUUUGCUUGGCUUCUAUGUUUGGCACACUGGUUGGUUGAAGCACCACAAUCUAGUGCCACUAAGAGGGUGUUGUGUGGUUGUUGAGGAUCAUAAUCAAGAACACAGAAAUAGGUAUCUUGUUUAUGAUUAUAUGCCAAACGAUAACCUUGAAGGUCAUCUCUUUCCAUCCAUGGACAAUGAAAAGGAAAAGAAAUUGUUGACUUGGCUUCAAAGGAAAAACAUAACCUUAGAUGUGGCAAUUGGGUUGGUUUAUUUGCACUUUGGAGUUAAACCUGCCAUUUAUCAUAGAGAUAUCAAAGCCACCAAUAUACUACUUGAUGCAGAAAUGAGAGCAAGGGUUGCAGAUAGUUAA